GACCAAGGAGGGUUUUCAGCACUUGCCACGGCAGCUCGCAAUGGACAGCACCACAAAGACUCAGUGAUCCCUCGCAAUCGCCGCCCGGAGGCUUGACAGAAAUCACAGCUGACAGCCAAUCUCAGCACUCAGUGUAGGGACAUCCAGAGCGAGAGAGAGAGAGAGGGGAAAAGUGAGAAAGAGGGAAAAGACGAGCCAAAGUGCUUUGUGGACUACACGUUGAAAUUAAUCAGGUAUCAAACCUGCAACCCCAAAACAGGCUCUCUUUGCAUAUCCAAAAACAGACUCAGCACAAUGGAAGAAGACAUGGACGAGGGGCAGACCCAGAAAGGAUGCCUUGAAUGCUGCAUCAAAUGUCUAGGUGGGAUCCCAUACCCAUCUCUCAUAGCCACCAUCUUACUGUAUGCUGGUGUGGCUCUGUUCUGCGGCUGCGGACAUGAAGCCCUGUCUGGUACCGUGACCAUCCUGCAGAACUACUUCGAGGUGGUGCGGAGCCCUGUGGAUGCACUGGACGUCUUCACCAUGAUCGAUAUUAUCAAGUAUGUGAUCUACGGCAUUGCUUCGGCUUUCUUCGUCUACGGCAUCCUGCUGAUGGUGGAGGGUUUCUUCACCAGCGGAGCCAUCAAGGACCUGUAUGGAGACUUCAAGAUCACCACAUGUGGACGUUGUGUCAGCGCUUGGUUCAUCAUGCUGACAUACAUCUUCAUGCUGGCCUGGCUCGGAGUGACUGCUUUUACCUCCCUCCCAGUCUUCAUCUAUUUCAACAUCUGGAACAUUUGCCAAAAUGCUACCGUGCUGGAGGGGGCCACACUCUGCCUGGACCCGCGCCAGUAUGGUAUCGUGCCAAUCAAUGAGGCAAAGACAGUGUGCGCUGGAUCAGAGAAAUUCUACAAGAUGUGUGAAUCCAAUGAGCUGGACAUGACAUUCCACCUGUUCAUCUGCGCCCUCGCUGGAGCCGGAGCUGCUGUAAUCGCUAUGAUCCACUACUUGAUGGUGCUUUCUGCCAACUGGGCCUACGUGAAGGACGCCUGCCGAAUGCAGAAGUACGAGGACAUCAAGUCGAAGGAGGAGCAGGAGCUUCACGACAUCCACUCCACUCGCUCCAAGGAGCGUCUCAACGCCUACACAUAAAAGCCCAGCGUGAGGCCUGGCCCUGCCACUCCGGCCUCUCCCUCCCUCCCUCUCUCUCUCUCUCUCUCUCUCUCUUCUGUCUUUCUAUCUGUCUCUCUCUACCAUCCCCUCCCCAGGGGGGGCGGAUGGCGCCUAGGGCCCUCGCCACUGCUGAUGUCACUGGUGCGUCAUAUGACAAUGUGGUCCGGGGAGGGGAACGUCACACAAACCUCCUCGGUCACAAACAGCAUUUCAGAUGAAAAAAAAAAAAGCCCCUUUACCUCUCUCAUGGAUGGUGUUAUCAUUAUGGCAGUUCUCUUAUUCUUGAUUCGAGUCGUUUAGUGCUGAUCGUAGUUUUUAGUGUAGUUUGUAGAAUCAGAAGUAGCAGUAGUAUUCAGCUUCUUUUUUUUUUUCUACUCUGAAUGAUUUACGUAUGAUUGUUUGAUUUUUCUUGACUUUCUAUUCGAUUGCUUCGUGUCAUUUUUGCUCUCAUGCAUAAUUUAUUUUAUUUUUUGCUAAAUUUCCGAGGGGGGUCAACAGGGGCUUCAAAAGGGUUUUCAAGCACAUUUCUCAUGUUGUGUGUCUGGAGAUUUUCAUGUUCAAGAACUAUGUACUGUAAGUGAACGGGUGGAUAGUCUGGAAAAUGUUUUAAAUAUUACAACACACCCAUGAUGCAUUGUAAGCCUUUGUCAUACUAGUACUCCCAGGGAUUAAAAAAAAAAUACGCUUUCACAUGAAAGCAAUCAAUCUGUUUUUCUAUUUAAAAACUGCAACAUGAUAAUAAAUACCAAAUCAUUAGCGCUAAACAAAUAUUUGCUAGACGUGCCAAGCCUGUUAAACAGGAAACAAUGACUUUCAUCGAUGUCCAAGACGUGAUUAGCCGAUCAAAGUGGGUUAUUUGAUGAUAAUAAUGCCAAUUUAAUUCAUCGUAGGACUGUGAAAGAAUCCAUCCUCUUUGUAUCACAAGCUACAAAAAGCACAUGCAAACAUUCUUUCAUAAUCACUUUUUUAAUUUCUUACCUUUUUAAAUACUAAAGUCCUGUUCUGCAGAACUCUGCACUGUACAUACCGAUAUAUCAAAGCAUACCUAUAUGUUAAGCACUGACGUUUAAAGACGAAGAGAUCACCGUGGGUCAGCCCGCUCCGCAUCAAUCAGUCUCAACCCUGAAAAAAGAAUCCUUGACAAUAAGUUGUCGGUGUAAAUGGCACUCCUUGGUGGAUUUAUCCGAUGUGAGAAAAGUGUGUGUCACAGUGAUUUUUCUGUCCAUGAUGGUAACUGUAUAGCUUACACAUCCUGAUGCCACAUGACGACAAAAGGUUACCUGUCAGUUCAUUGCCUGGUGAAGCUUUUCUUUUGCCAGUACUCCUUAAAGCUAGUUUCAUGCACUUAUUUGACCAUUUCUGUGCUCUCUCUCUCUCUCUAGAUGUAAGCGCAUUGGUGUUCAACUCAAAGUUGGAUAACUGUACUGUUAGUAAAGACUGUGAAUUUAGAUGUUUUUCGUGGCAUGGACAUGCAUUAAUAUAGUCUUCUUGACUCAAAAGUUACUUUAUUCCACUUCCUUAUUUUGUACACUUCUGACUGUCUUGCUGGAUCAACCCUUCGUUUAUAUGUGCAGUACUAAACCUCCCACGCUUACCGCGUUAUGCUACUGAAAAUAGAGACUGUAGUCUUUGAGUUGUGUCUGUUUAGUUUGUGAUGAGCUCUCAACCAUGUCUUCAAACUAAUACCUGUACCGACAUUGCUUACUCUGUAAUGACCUGAAAAAAGAAAAAGAUGCUUUCAGCUUUCUCCUCAUUUUAGUCUUUUGUACUUUCACUACGAAUGCUUAGUAGCAGGCUUUCAAUUGAAUCUGUUUUGUACAUCCAUGUGCCAACAGCUUGAAGUGGCUUAUUUGACCUGUAUGAUCAAAUUUGCUUGCAUUAAUAAAAUUCACUUGUGUACUUGUUCAUAAAUA